AUGAAAAUUAUAAAUUAUUAAAAUUAUUAAAAUAUCAAUUUAUUUAAAUAAAUCAAUUAAGAUUAUAUUAUUUCCGUAUUAGAUAAGAAUGUUCUUGAAAAGUUAAAAUAAAAAUUUGAUAAAAAAUCAUUAGAUAUUAUAUAAUUUGUAUAUUUAUUUUUGCAAGUUUUGGACCAUAAAUAAGAAGAAAUAAUUUAUUUAACUUUAGCAUUAAUAAAUUUUUUUUAAAGUUUAUCAGAAUCAAUAUAUGAUAACUAAAAUAAAAUUAAUUUUAACGAUUUAACAGAUAAAAUAAGUCUUAAAGUAAAUAUUUAAAACGAAGCUUUCUAAAUCUAAACAAAAGCCUAUAUACCACUUAAUAAAUUUCGUAGUAAUAAAAGUUAAUAAAAUAAUAAUUUCUAAGACAUAGAUCCUUAAAUUAUUUAUGAAUAUAAUUAUUCUCAUAAUAUAAAUAGACUUUUAUAAGGAAAUUUAUUAUCUGAUUCAAUUACUCAUAAAAAUAAAUAAAUUUUAAAUGCUAUUUAUGCAAAGGAAAUUAAAAAAGUUAUUGUUUUAGAUAGUCUUGAUGAUAAAUUAUAACUUUAUGAUUUAAAUUGUUAAAGAGUGCAAUUAAUUAGUUUAAAUUGUCAUAGAAAUGAUAAUCCAAAUAUAAUAAUAUUUAAUAUGGCAUGGUCAAAUAAACAAUUAAGAAUAGGAGCUGUUUUGAAAAAUUACAGUAUUAGUUUUUGGGAUUUAGUUGACAAUUUUAAAUUCGAAAAAAAUUUUUUUAUACAUGGUUUAACAUAAGAUAAUUAAUCAAAUAUAUGGUAUUUAGAAAAUUUAGAUUAUUGGAUAACAACUGAUUAUAGUAAUUAGAUAUAUGCAUGGGAUAUAUUAAAUGAGACAACAUUAUUCACAGUUAGGUUUCAAUAUAUAUAAGGUAACAUAACACAAAUAGUCGAAAUGCCUUAUUUAUAAUGCAUAGCAAUAUCUUCUACAGAUAAAAAGAUUACAUUUUGUAAUUUAGAAAAAUAAUAAUAUUUGUUUAUGAUUGAAUUACCUACUUAAGGUGCUUAAUAAAUGGUAUUUUCUAACGAUUUUUAAAUUUUAAUAACUAGCGGAUAUGAAAAUAAUAUAUCAUUGUACAAUAUUAACGCAGAGCACAUGGAAUAUACAUUAGUUGGAAAAUUAGAAGGACAUAUAUAAUUGAUUAGUUGCAUUUAAGUAAUUGAAAAUACACCAAUUAUUGUUUCUAGUGAUGAUUAAGGGUUAAUAAAGCUGUGGGAUAUCCGAAAUCAAAAGUGCAUAUAAAGCCUAAAAUGCACAUCUUUUUAAUCCAUAAUUAGCAAAAAAUGUGCAAAUGUUAAUUUAAUUUUGGAUAUAUAUACUGAAGGCUUUUUAGGAGUUAUUGGAAAUAGACUGAACUUAAUUAAAUUUGAUAAAGGAAGCAAUAAUAUUAAUUUAAAUAAUUUUGUUCUUAACAACUAAAAUAAAAAAUUUUUUAAUAAAUAAUAAUAAUAAGAGUUUUAAUUUCCUCUUAAAGUUGAAAGUGAUUUUUAAAGAUAAGAAAUUAUUGUCUGUACAAUGAAAGAAAUUAAAGUUUAUGACAUUCAUAAUGGUAGAUGUAAAUUUAAAUUUAAAAGUUUAAUGGAAAAUAAAGAUGAUGAAUAUACAUCUUUUAAAUUAAUAUAAUAAAGCCAAUUCUUUAUUUUGGGAAACUAAAAAGGAUAAAUUAGUUUACACGAUUUAUAAAAUAAAGGAGAAAGAGUAAAAUAUCUUAAAGGACAUUAAGAUGAAGUUAAUAUACUUAAAAUAGACUAUGCUAAUAAAUUAUUAAUUUCGGUAGGCUAUGAUUCUUAAAUUAUUAUUUAAAAAAUUCAUGGAAGCAAAUCAGAUAAAAAAAGACUAAUUUAAAACAUUAAAAAUGGCAAGGUUUUUUUUUUAUUAUUAUUUUAAUAUAUGCAAAAAAAGGGAGUUAAUAUUAUUGAAAUUUCAGUUUAUCAUAAUGUAUUCUUUAUCUCAAGUAUAAAUUCCGAAAAGGUUUAUAUUUUUGAUUAUGAAUAUGGUAAACUUGCAGGAUGUUUUUAAUUUGAAUAAAAUUAAGAGCCUACCGCAAUGAGUAUUGUAAAUGGAUUUUAAUUAUUAUUGGUUUCCACUUCUGAUAAUUUUAUUUAUAUUAUUUAUUUUUUAAAAAAAGAAAAUUAAUAAUUCGAGUUUAUAUAAUUGGGAAAUAUAAAUAUAGUAAAAAAUUUGGAAGAAUAUUAUAAUAAUAUUUAUUUUAAAUUCUAAGAGGAUAGUGAAAUUGUAAAAAAGGCUUAAUUUUAUGUAACUACAAGCAAAGGAUAUUUAUUAAAAUUUAAUUUUUUAAAUAUACAAUAAAAUUAUGAUUAAAUAAAGAUUAUUCCUCAUUCAAAUACUAGAGUUAAUUAUAACCCAUAUAGAGAAAAUAUAGAAGACUUUUAAAAAGCUUAAUAAAAUUUAGUAUAUGAACCUACAUUAAUACGAACAAAAAUAAAUUUUUUAUAAAAUAAUAAUAGUAAUUAAUUUCUUUAAAUAUAAAAAAAUAUAAAUUUAAGAAUUAGUUCAUGUAUUCAAGCUCAUAAUGAUUAAAUUAAUUCCUUUAGUUUUUUAAAUGGAGAUGUAAAUUAUUUAAUUACUAGUAGUUUGGAUUAUUAUUUUAAAAUUUGGAAUAAAUCUGAUUUAAAUUUAGUAGGUUCUCAUAAUAUAAAUCAUCCUUUACCAGAAAAAUGGGAUUAUAAAAUUAAUGAUUAAUAAAACUAAGCUAGAAGAAUAAUUUAUGCAUUAAGGAUUUUAGAUAUUAUUAAUAUUAAAUAUUUAUAUAAGUUUGGAAAGUUAAAUUUAGUAAAUAUUUUGGAAAAAAUAAUUUCUGAUAAUAAUUAAAUUGAUAAAAUUUAAUUAGAAAAUGAUGAUUAAAAAAAUAAAUAAAUUUAAAGAUAAUUGAGUAAUAAAUAAUAAAGCAAUAAAAAUAAAGUAAUUAUUAUGAAAGAUAAAUAUUCUCCAAGAGAUAUUAAAUAUGAAGAAUCAAAAAAAAUAUGUUAAUAAGAAUAUCUUGGAAUGUCUUUAAAAAGAAUGGAAGUUAAUAAAAGAGUAGCUAUUGCGUAACAUGUUUGGAAAACUAAAAUAGAAUAAAAUUAUAAAACCGAUAAAGAUAUAGUAAAAAAAUAAUUAGAUUUCUAUUGUAAAUCUGAUGAAAGGGAAUCUAUUCUUAAUUUUUUAAAUUAAUAGUAUAGAGGAAAUUUAUUAAAUAAGAAUCCUAAUUUUAAUGAUGAAUAUUCUAAAUAAACUAAAAGUUUAUAAUAAAAGUUUACUUAGAUUGAUAAUGGGUAAAGAUUUAUACCGUUAAGUAAUUCUAAAAUUAAUUUCUAAUAAGUUUGUUUCAAAAAAUAAUUUGAUUCUAAAUCUACUAACAAAAAUUAAAAUUAACCUUCUAGUAAUAAUAAUAAUAAUAAUAGUAAAGUAUAAAUAGUUAAUAUUAAGAGUGAGUAAGAUGAAUUUUAAAAUGUAUAUAUUUUUAUAUUUUAAUUUCAUAUUAAAAAAAAUAAAGGAUAAAUAAUUUAACUAAUCAAAUAAGUAAAUAUUUUUCACAUCUUAAAAUAAUUUUAAGUAAACAAAAGAUAUAUAUAAAUAUGCUUAUGA